AUGGCACAAAAGGCGAAUCGUUCCAAAGGGAAGAGAGUUGUGAAACAUUCAAAGGAAAUAACUAAGAUGGAUGUUGAUGUUACUAUGGGAAUCCACUUGGAAGAAGAAAUAAUUACAGAAAUCCUCAGUAGGCUACCUGUGCGUUCUCUUUUUCGAUUCAAAUGUGUUUUGAAGUCUUGGAUGAAAUUGAUCAACGAGCGUUACUUUGUGAUGAAGCAUCUCAAUCAUGCCAAGAAUAACCAAAAUUCCCAAAAGAUUUGUCUUCUUAAUAACAACCUUUCCUUCCAAUAUGGUCUUUCUUUGACGUUAGCUUCUUUAUCGUCAGUUCAACUGGUUGAGGACGUACAACAAGUUGAUUGGCCUUGUAGUGGUGAAGUAAUGAGUUGUAAAAUAUAUUAUUGUUAUGAUGGAUUGGCUCUUAUCGGGGUUAGUGAAUAUCAUCAUCUUUAUAACAUCAAACUUUGGCUUUGGAACCCCUCCACAAGAGAAUCAAUGGUACUUCCUCAUCUAAAAUUUUCAGAGAGAUUAGAUUUUACUUGCGGAUUGGGAUAUGAUUCAACUAGUAAUGACUAUAAAAUCUUUAAGAUUGGUUAUGAAUCACACAAUGAAAUUCUCGCACUGAAAAGUGGUUCCUGGAGAAGAAUUGAUAAACAUCCUGCUGGCAUUGAACCCUUGUGGUGGUCUACUGUGGACUCUCCGGCGUUUGUACAUGAGGCAUUUCAUUGGUUUGGUUCACUGAGUAAGUCUGUGGUUUCAUUUGAUAUUUCAAAUGAGGUGUACGGAGAAAUACCGAUGCCAGAUGGAAGGUUCGUGGUUUCCGACCUUAAUCAGCUCAGCUUUGGCAUUUCGGUAUUGGGAGGACUGCUUUGUGUUUAUUCUACUCAUGCUCAUCAGAGGAAGUUCAAUUUUAACCUUUGGGUAAUGAAAGACUAUGGUGUCAAGGAAUCUUGGAAUAAAUUGUUCAACAUACAAAGUACAGAUCUUUAUCCAAUCACCCCGAAAUACUGGUUUUCAGAUGGUGAAGUGUUACUCCGCUGUGAACAUUUGGUACGUAAUCGUUUUUUUUUUAAGACAUCCAAAGAAUCAUCUGGUUUAUGGCCUCAGUCUGAUUCAGAGCAUUUUGUGAAUGGAUUUGUCUAUACAGAAAGCUUGAUCUCACCAAAAUUGCUUGCUUAG